CAAUUGAAGAAUGGCUUGUAAUGCCGCCAUCUUCACUAUCACCACCAAAUGAAACACAAAGAUCAGUUAAAAAUACUGUUCUUUUUUCUGAUGGUACUGAGGAGAAAUUUACCUAUGAGGAGCCCGAGGAACUUCCUAGUUCAAGUCUUGAUGAAUCCACUCAAAGCAAAGAAAAUGAAGUUAAUGAUAGUGGAAAUAAUGCUAUAAAAGUAGACGUGACUGUAGAACAUUAG